AUGCGCAUGCUCGCUGAUUGGCGCAAGAUGGCGGCGGCGGAUAAACAGAAACAUGAGCACGGGCGGGUGAAGAUAGGGCACUACAUCUUGGGGGACACGCUGGGCGUGGGCACCUUCGGCAAAGUCAAGGUUGGCAAACAUGAACUGACUGGCCAUAAAGUUGCUGUGAAGAUCUUGAACAGGCAGAAGAUCCGCAGCCUUGACGUGGUGGGGAAAAUCCGCCGAGAAAUUCAGAAUCUGAAGCUUUUUCGGCAUCCGCAUAUAAUAAAACUCUACCAGGUCAUCAGCACACCAUCUGACAUUUUCAUGGUGAUGGAAUAUGUUUCAGGAGGUGAAUUGUUCGACUACAUCUGCAAAAAUGGAAGGCUUGACGAAAAGGAAAGUAGACGUCUUUUCCAGCAAAUCCUUUCCGGUGUGGAUUAUUGCCACAGGCAUAUGGUAGUUCAUAGAGAUUUGAAACCUGAAAAUGUGCUGCUUGAUGCUCACAUGAAUGCCAAGAUUGCUGAUUUUGGCCUGUCAAAUAUGAUGUCUGACGGUGAAUUUUUAAGAACAAGCUGCGGGUCUCCUAACUAUGCUGCUCCAGAAGUAAUUUCAGGAAGGUUAUACGCAGGCCCAGAAGUGGAUAUCUGGAGCAGUGGUGUUAUUCUCUAUGCUUUGUUAUGCGGGACCCUUCCGUUCGAUGAUGAUCAUGUGCCAACACUUUUUAAGAAGAUAUGCGAUGGUAUAUUUUAUACUCCUCAGUACCUGAAUCCGGCAGUAAUUAGCCUUCUGAAACGCAUGCUGCAGGUGGAUCCCAUGAAGAGGGCUACGAUAAGAGAUAUAAGGGAACAUGAGUGGUUUAAGCAAGAUCUCCCCAAGUACCUCUUUCCUGAAGAUCCAUCUUACAGUUCGACCAUGAUCGACGACGAAGCCUUAAAAGAGGUCUGCGAAAAGUUUGAAUGCACAGAGGAGGAGGUGCUAAGCUGCUUAUAUAAUCGGAAUCACCAGGAUCCUUUGGCAGUCGCCUACCACCUGAUCAUCGAUAACAGAAGAAUAAUGAAUGAAGCUAAAGACUUCUACCUGGCGACGAGCCCACCAGAUUCUUUUCUCGACGAUCACUUCUCUCGUCCCCAUCCGGAAAGAGUGCCAUUUUUAGUAGCCGAAGCACCAAGGCUGCGCCAUACACUGGAUGAGCUAAACCCACAGAAGUCCAAACACCAAGGGGUCAGGAGAGCUAAGUGGCAUUUGGGAAUCCGGAGUCAGAGUCGACCCAAUGACAUCAUGGCGGAAGUUUGUCGAGCAAUCAAGCAGUUGGAUUAUGAGUGGAAGGUUGUGAAUCCAUACUAUUUGCGUGUUCGACGGAAGAAUCCGGUGACUGGUACUUAUUCCAAAAUGAGCCUGCAGUUAUACCAGGUGGACAGUAGGACGUAUCUGUUGGACUUUCGCAGCAUUGAUGAUGAAAUUACUGAAGUGAAGUCUGGGACCACCACUCCACAAAGGUCGGGCUCUGUGACUAACUACAGAUCCUGUCAGAAGGAUUCGGACACUGACGCUCAAGGAAAAUCCUCUGAUAUGUCUCUUACCUCAUCGGUGACCUCUUCCCUCGACUCUUCUGCAGCUGAGUUAACCCCGAGAUCAGGGAGCCACACGAUAGAAUUUUUUGAGAUGUGUGCAAAUCUAAUUAAAAUACUUGCACAAUGAUUUGUAAGAUCGGUUUUAAAUUUUUUUUUACAGCAAUAAGCAUGCCUAAAGAAAAGAAAUCAUAGUCAAAUGCUUCCAAUUAUAAUCAAAUACAAUUAACGUGGGCGUUGAGACGACUAGCCACAAUGCAGUUUGCACAGAAAUUGGAGUACACAGAAGGCAGUCUAGACCUCUUAAUAUGAUGAUGGAACUUGUGAUUAGAUCUUCGCGUGUGAUACAGGUACAAGAAACUUUGCGAACAUAUUGAGUGGAGUUUAUCUUUUCAUUGUGUACACAUUUGGGACUUUGUGAAGUGUUAUAACUGACCAGAAAGAUCUUUUUUUUUUGUACUUUAUGUUGCUGAUUAUAUAUGCCUCUUACAGUAUAAAUGGUCACUUGGUAGAUUGGUCCACUGGUAAUUUGGUCUAUGCCAUGGGUGACUCUCUUGAUCUCAGUCUUCAGUAGCAUCCUGCUCUAUCAGCGUAAGUGUUCUCCUUGUCAAACAGCACUUGUGGCCACUGGCACAUCCUAAGUAUUUGGCAGGUUCAACCGUCUUGAGUGGAAAAAGUCUAAUGCAAGAUCUUGCCUUGCUUUGCACCAAUGAGGAGGCUGGAAAGUCCAAAGUCAAUUCAGAAUCCAAAGACACCAUUUGAAUUUUAUGUAAGGUGUAUAGACGCGAAAGCUGUGUAAACCUAACUAAAAUACAGCUGCGGAAAGUAUUGGGUUUAGCAGCGAGGUGGGAAUGUAAAACUGGGCCUGCUUGGAGCUCUAGACUUGCUUUCCCUUAAACGUCCGCCAUGUUUCAAAGCACUUCUGAGACUGAAAUAGCAUUUCAGAAGGACUUGGUGGCAUAGCAAUGAUUGGUUCCAGGGAGAGAGUAAAAAGGGUCUUUGGAGAGUAGCACAAGACCUUCCUUUGAGCUUGAGCAGAGGGUUCAGGCGAGAGCAGUGUGCAGGAAAAGAAAACCGCUUUCCAGCUUUAAUCCAAGAGCUGCAUAAAGAUAAAGACAUUCUGGAUAAGGAUCAUGACGGUGUAGUUUCCAUUUGUUAUGCUGGUAGACUAACAAGCAGCUUCAUGCAUGUUACGAUUGGGUGCGGAUCCUGUGCUAUGCCUGAACCCAAUGCCCAGGCAGAUUGGUGCAUGCUGUUCUAAAAUCUGGCGCUGAGAAUUAUCAGUGACUCCUCCGCUUUUUUCAUGCGUCUCACUGCUUUUUGGCAGAUGUAGUGGGUGAUUUUGGUCUUGCCUGAGCAUAAUCACUUUUUUACACCACUUUUUGCUACUGAAGUUUUUUUUUAAAGUAACAGAAUGUUAAGACUUGUUUUAGUUUUGAAAUUUGCAACAGCCCUUUGAAUAGAAAUAAAUGACAGAAUUAACUUGGGAGAUUUUUAAAUUUGACAAGUUGACUCCAGGGAAGGCUUUUUUUAAAAAAAAAUACAAUUAGAGAAGAAUGUGAAGACAAGACAUAAUAUUUCCUGCCAGUCUGGCCUUUCAUUUACAUUACAUGUAACCAUGACCGUUGCUAACCUUGGUUUGCCGUCUUAACCUUGGUUGAUCCCUGAAUGUACAGUGAAACUAUAAUUUCAGGCUGAGCCCUGCACUCAGAAGACAGGCAUCACAGAGUCCUUCUUUUACCUUGUAGGUGGAAAUAUGUGAAAAACUGGCUUAACCAUGGUUUGCUUGACAUAGCUAUAGUGCCUAACUGAUGCAAAUCUUUAUCAAACCAUGACUUCAUGUUCUAGCUCAGGGGUCUGCAAACUAGGCUCUCCAGAUGUUCAUGGACUACAAUUCCCAUCAGCCCCUUCCAGCAUGGCCAUGCUGACAGGGGCUGAUGGGAAUUGUAGUCCAUGAACAUCUGGAGAGCCAAGUUUGCAGACCCCUGUUCUAGCUUAUAGCCAUCUUUAAUCCUCUUGGCUGGGAGCUUAAGACAGUCAAAACAACCUCAUUGUUAAGGACAGCAAACCAUUGUUUAGUGUUACAUCUGCAUAGGCUGGAUGCCAUACAGCGCAGACUUUUUAAUAUCAGGUUUGGAAGUGGCAGUGUUUUACUUUCAAAAUCUUCAUAAAAAGAGCAUUGAUAAGUCCUUCGGGUAUUUAAUCUGAAGUAUGUCUUUAGAUCAUUGGACAUUUUUAUACGUGGAGCUAAAAAAUUUCUGGAAACUUGUUCUGUUGUACAUCUCUCAUAUUAGAGGCGGGGUCUGUGGUGGGCAAGGUUCUGCUAGCAAUGUGCAGCUCUUGAAACUGUGCUUAUAGUUGUAUCCAAGUCCAGUGAUCUAGAUCUGCUGAGUGUGUUGACACCUACAGCUUAAAGAUGCACUGAGCCGAAAGAGGUGUGCAGCUGCUUAGGCCCAGAUCUCAAAUCUUGUAGUUGCUUUUAGAAUCACUGGUUGCUCAUAUGCAUUCUGUGUUAACACUUUUCACAUCUUUUCAAACCACAUUAUUACUUUCUAGAGUGCAACUGUGUCUUCAAAAUGUGGAUUGAGUAGCAGUCUUUAAUGUGUGCUUCAUGUGUAAAGUGUGUGUAUUUGUGCGUGUGAGAGAGAGACAGACAAGAAAGGGAGGGAGUUGUGUUUUAAAGAAAAUGUUGAGUAUGUAGUACUGCUCUGAUAAUGGGGGUGGGUGGAUGGGACCGUGUCAUCCUUGUAUCUUUUAAUUUUAAAACAAACAAACAUUGGUAUGUCUAGCUCUGCCACACUUGUUCAAUAAUUGUUGUUUUUAAAGUUCUGCUGUGUUUUAAUUUUGAAAUUGUUAAUGAUGCACUUGGCAAAUGUUACAAAACGCACACUUUUUAAAAAAUUCCUGGGUAGUUGUCUAGGAAAGUGUUAAGACACAUGCUAUCUUUGGCACACAUGACCGGGCACAAGAUGUAAAUGCUGCUGCUGCACAUUUGCUGUUUCCAGGCAGCCUGCUGCUGGAUUUUAUAGGCUUUUACUGUAAAGUAAGUCCCCUUGAGUUCACUGCUUGCCGAGAACUGCAUACAACCUGGGAGGGAUUGCCUUGAACCUCACUUGGAAAGACUGAAAGAUGGGUGCCAGCAGCACUUAUUGGAUUGUGUCCAGUGAUGUUGCUGUGGAAAACGUCAUGGUGCAACAGAUGUUAAUCUUACAAAUCUAUCGAUGUAUAUAUGCUUGAUCCUUUUGUUCUUAAAAGCAACCCAGGCUUUAACUUUGGUAUGUAGAGAUUAACAUACAUGGCAGAAAGGUACUGUGUGCCUGUUCUCAAAUGGACUCAGUUUUCAUUUUUUUUAAAAAAUAGCUGUUAUCCAUCAAAUGUUCCCCUUUUUUUAUUGAGUUUUUAAAAUACUUUUUUUUCAUAGCAGGGGCUGUCCAACGUGUGGUGUUCAAGCAAAAAAUAUUACUUUUUCAUAACUUUUCUACACUUACAAUAAAUAUUAGGUUGAAAUGAUUUUUAAAAAAAUCUUGCAGUGGAGGCUUAAAAUUGAAUUUUCUUAGUUAUUACGUUAGAACAUGGCAGUAGACGGUCACAUAGCCAGUUUUUGUAGGAAUUGUUAAGAAAAAGGGCUUGCUUAAUUGCAUCUUCAAAAACUUUUUAAAAAAUCAAAGGGAGUAUUAUUUGACUAGCCAAGUACCUUUUGAAAAGUAGUAUUUCAAGUUUGUCCCAGAGGAGAAUCCCUUUGAAUGAUUUGUUUCAUUACGAUUCAUAACCGACUAGGGCAGUAAAUCUGUCCAUGUGCAAUGUAUUUUGACACUGGUAAAAGGGUAGAAGUCUAUCUUUGUGGUGCAAUAUUUUCAAGACCAACUUUCUGAUGUGUUCUGACAUAUUAAGUGUUUCAGUCCAAGCUUUUGAGAGACUUAGCUUUGUCGAUUGAUUUACCAUUAUAUAGUUUAAGAAACUGAUGACCACCUUCUCUUACAAACAAGAUGUGCCUACUUCUAUUGCAGAUUUUUUUUGGCAAUACUGAAUGAAAAACUGCUUGUGAUAGCUGUAUGACUUGUUACUUUUAAUGAACAUUAAAAUUGUAUGCAAAUA